AUGGAUCUUCAAUUCCUCUACUUUACAUCUAUUUUCUCCAUUUUCAUGUUUAUGACACACAGGAUACUAACCAAAAAAUCUUCCACAACUCCAAAUUUACCACCAGGGCCAUGGAAGCUACCAGUCAUAGGGAACAUACACAACCUUAUUGGCUCUCCACUUCCCCAUCAUCGACUAAGAGAUUUAUCAGCAAAAUAUGGACCCUUGAUGCAUCUGAAGCUUGGAGAGGUUCCUACCGUUGUGGUUUCAUCCCCAGUGUAUGCCAAGGAGGUUAUGAAAACGCAUGAUCACAUCUUUGCAUCAAGGCCUCAUGUCCUAGCUGCAGAGAUAAUGGACUAUAAUUUCAAGGGUGUAGCUUUCACACCUUAUGGUGAUUAUUGGAGACAGAUGAAGAAGAUCAUGACACUGGAGCUACUAAGCUCAAAACGAGUCCAAUCUUUCCAACCUAUCAGAGAGGAAGUGCUCACUGAUUUCAUCAAAUGGAUUGCUACAAAAGAAGGAGAAUCUUUUAAUAUUACCAAAGAAAUGACCUCAACAGUAUUUACAAUUACUGCAAGGACAGCCCUUGGCAACAAGUGCAGGCACCAUCAGAAACUGAUAUCAGUGGUAAAGGAAGCUACAAUAAUUUCUGGAGGUUUUGACUUGGGAGAUUUGUACCCUUCUGCAAAAUGGCUUCAGCAUAUGUCUGGGUUGAAGCCUAAGCUUGAGAAGUUGCAUCAACAAGCUGACCAGAUAAUGCAACAAAUCAUCAAUGAACAUAGAGAGUCUAAGUCGAGAGCCACAGAAGAGCAAGGUGAAGAAGUGGAUGAAGUUCUUCUGGAUGUGCUCUUGAAGCAGGAGUUUUGCUUAGGUGAUGAUAGUAUCAAGGCUGUGAUCUGGGAUAUCUUUGGAGGUGGGAGUGAUACAUCAUCUGCAACUAUAACAUGGGCAAUGGCAGAAAUGAUUAAAAAUCCAAGAACAAUGGAAAAGGUACAAGCUGAGGUAAGAAAGGUAUUUGAUAAAGAAGGAAAACCUAAUGGAAGUUGCAUGGAGAACCUAAAAUAUUUGAAAUCUGUUGUUAGUGAGACUUUAAGAUUACACCCUCCUGGUCCUCUUUUGCUUCCAAGAGAAUGUAGACAAGCCUGUGAGAUCAAUGGGUAUCAUAUACCUAUGAAAAGCAAGAUCAUAGUAAAUGCUUGGGCAAUUGCAAGAGAUCAAAAUGUGUGGACUGAGGCUGAGAGGUUUUAUCCUGAGAGGUUUAUUGAAAGUUCUGUUGACUACAAAGGCAAUAAUUUUAAGUUCAUUCCAUUUGGUGCUGGAAGGAGAAUGUGUCCAGGCCUCACAUUUGGCUUGAGCAACGUUGAGUACACACUUGCAAUGUUGAUGUAUCAUUUUAAUUGGAAGCUUCCCAAUGGAGUGAAAAAUGAAGAUUUGGACAUGACUGAGAUAUUUGGAAUAACAGUUACUCGAAAAGAUGAUUUAUAUCUCAUUCCCAAAACAUUUCAUACUAAGUCGACUACUCCAUAAGCUCUCUCCAUUCGGCAAUGUUUGUUGGUGUAUAUAUAUAUAUAAAAAUAAAGGAUGUCCACCGUUACUGUUAUAUCCUCUAAAGUUUUAAUCGAUGAUUUUCACAUCUCUUAAAUAAGAAAUAAUUCAUGUAAAAUUAUGUUCACUAUUCCUAUUUAACAAUAAAUUACUUGUCAUCAGCUUUAUUUUGUUCUUAAUUAAUAUAUUGGA